AAUAAGAACUCCGGUACCCUUGCCAACUGGGGACCCAUCACAUUUGUGAUCUUUGUCAUCCCAACCUCGUGGGCUGUCAGCAGAUUUGGUUUCCGGUUCGUGACGGUAUUUUAUUCUGGUUGCGCCGCUUUCUCUCACGUCCUGCGAUGCACAACAGUCAACGAGAAACUUUUCACGGUGUUUGCGCAUAUAUGUGGCAUCUUUAAUGGUAUCUUGGGAACGCUCCUGCUGGCCGGGGCAGCCGUUCCGGCCUUAUGGUUCCCUGCCCACCAGCGCGUCACGGCCACAGCAUUUUCGCAGGUCUUGAAUCAAAUGGGGUCAGGAGCCAGCUUCAUGGAGCCGCUCAUUGUCCAGGCACCUGGGAACGACACCACCGUUGCAGAGAUGACUAAAGACCUAAGAACCCUCAUGAUAGUAGAGAUGAUAGUUGCGAUGUGCCUCUUCUUGCUGGUACUCAUCCACUUCCCAUCCGCUCCUCCAACCCCGCCAUCCCCUUCUUCUGCUGAGGACAGACUUGGCUUCUCUGAGGGUUUCAAGCAAAUUGCCAGGAAUGCUCGAUUCUGGCAGUUGGUCUUCUCGUACGCCAUUUUUACCGGCGUCUCCAUGGUCUGGCUCGGGGUCAUCAACUUUUCUCUGCAGGACUUAGGCUUCGACCAGGACGAGGCUGGCUGGAUCGGAGUUUACUGCAGUGUCUGCACCGGGGUAGUUUGCCUUGUGACGUCACGUGUCCUGGAUCUUGUAUACGGUCACCUCAAACUGGCGCUCAUCGGGGUGAUGGUGUGCAGCUCUUGUUUCUACAUUUGGUUUAUGUUGAUAUCCCUCGACGUCUGGCCUUCUACGAAAGCCCAGGUCUACAUCACCGUCCUGGGAGGCCAGUCCUUUAACUUUGCCAGCUCGCCGAUUUUUUUCGAGCUGGCAGUCGAAUCAGUCUACCCCAGCCCAGAAAACAGCGUUGGCGCAAUUUUGACUCUUUCUAACAACUUCGUAGCGGCCCUAUUCUUGUUCCUUUUCUACAUUCCCUCACUAUCUCAAGACGAGAACAACACAUGGAUGACGUACGUCUUAGUAGCCAGUAACGUCUGCGUCCUCAUUCCAGUUCUGCUCUUCAAGGAGGAAUACAAAAGAUCCAAACUCGACAGAACGUCACUGAACGCAGCGUCCUAGUAAUUCGUACAUUUCCACACUAAUUACUGAAAUCUGUUCUUUUUGCGCUGGCAACUUACCAUUCAAGGUAAUAUGACACGCUAAAAAGGAAGUAAAAUUUUUCUCUUUUUGAGAAAAAAUACGACGGAUAUCAGUCAAAAUACGAGGCUUCUUUAUAAAAUCUAAAUCUAAACACAUACUUGGAUGAUUAGCUUAGUUUUUAUUUUUAAAAUCUAAUAACGUCUCACUGCCACGUUAAUCCAAACUUGCUUGACCAAAUCCCUUCAAGUUAAAUUCUUUUUGAAGAAGCGUGCCCUUCACUUCGGUACAUCAAUCUACAAGAUGCCAAAUAUUGGAUUUUACAGUAACGAAAAUUUUUAAGUUCGACAAGUGAUCGAAAUUUUCAAAUUGAUUUUCCAUUCUGGAAACUAGGUUCAAUUUAUGGUACACAAUGUGAAUAUGAUAACAUCUACAUGUACAAAUAUGAUAACAUAACAUCUACAUGUACAAAUCCUAGAAAUUUAUUAAAUAUCGAAUAUGUAGAUGUCGGUUUAAAAGACAGCUGCUACACUAGCGACUGGCGAUAAUGAAUGAGUACAGCUUCCACUCUCUCGCAAAACAAUUAUCUAAUCACAUCCCGAUUUUCAGUAGCACUUGCACCAAAAAUGCAACUAAUCUCUCCAUUCGAACUAAUGUUGGCAAGAUAAACUUUAAGAUGUAAGAAAAACUCUUGAAAUUUCGCUAUUAAGAAUAAUAUUUAUACUUCUAAUUCCUAAUGUUUUAUGAGAAUAUUCUCAUAUUCCCGAAUGAUGCGCUUCUCUUGUGAAUGUUGAAAACGAGAACUGCGCUGACUUCAAAGCAUCGAGCAAAAGAUGCGUUUCGUGGCCACCCUUCAUCACGUCUUGUAUAUCAAGUGGCCACUAAAUCAAGUGAUGGCCACUAAAUCAAGUGGCCAUCUAAAUUAAUUCAAUCUAAAUUUAUAUAUUUGGUGUGGCUUCAGUGAGCGGGUAGAUUGAUUUAUUCAAAACGUGAGUUAAUACGCGUCGCAGUUAUCGGACGAAAUAAGCUGUCAAAUGAAUUGAGAUAUAAUACCAAUGUUCGUUAGGUCACAAUGAGUGAUGGCAUGCACACGAAACGCAGGUACAAUUCUCCAGUAGGCUACCUGCUUGAAGUUUUUCCUUUAGUUCCUGCAACAAAAAUUCAAAAUUUUUGGACGACAGAUUAUUAGCAGUGACUACAGUUUUGAGAUCAAUUGAUAAGUUAACUCAAAUAAAUUUUAACGGUUACAUCGCUUUUCGCAACAAGCAGCAAUGCUGCUAUCAUCUGUUGGUUGAUAAACUAUCUGUUGAUUCAAAAAUUUUGUCGUACGCAUUUCAUCCUGGAUUAAUAAAAUCAAACGUCUGAUCGUCAUUCGAAGAUCACGCCGAUACCAGAACAAUGUGGUCCUAAAAUAAUUUUAAUUACGUUGAAAGAAUAAAAAUAGCAACAGAGUCUGUCAAUUGUAUGGGAAUAAUUUUUCCCUCAGAAUUCUCUGGACUUUUGUUAAUUGUUCACCAUUUCUUGUUACAACUUAAGCGUUUUCAUGACGAGAUGCAUGAUUUUUCCAAAGAACAGAGUUCAAAUAUUGAGUUCCAACAACUUUCCACAUGUAAUUUUUUCGACCGGAUCUUGCGCUCAUAAAUUUUAGCCACAGUUUCGCAAGCGAAAGCCUAGAUGACUCAUUGAGAGAUUUUAUUCAACAAGAAAGCAACAUGUUGAAACCGAAUUACACUUCUAUUAAAAUAGUAACACGACAAAGUGAAGGGAAUGUAUUCAUAUGUGAAUGUCUUUGUAGCAAUCAUCCCUCCUUCUUGAUUUGAUCCACUAAAGAAAUAGCUCAUUUCUUCCACCUGGUUAGAUAAAUUUUGCCGAUUCAGUUCAUCACAGCUCUGUAACCGAAAAAAUGAAAUUUGCUUAUUGGAUUUCAACUCGGCAUCUCCAUAACCUCUGUGUACCUCGACAGCUUCCGAUCCGGCAUUAGCUACCUGAUCUUUACAUGUUAGACAUACAGAAACUAAUAACAGAAUACUUACAAGGAGAACAGAAGUUCUAGAUCUUGACGUGCGAUAGCCGAGCCAAUUCUAAUAAUAGUCAUCAGUUCUAGAGCGAAGUCACUUACUAGAAUAAAUAACGCAAUGCGAUGUACAAGUAAGCAGCGCUACAGCAGAAAUUUCACGACGCAUAGGACGCAUAGAAAUUUCACGACGUCGUGCUCGGCUAAAGGAUUGACAUGUAACCGUAGGAUUUAUUUUUUUUGUUGUUGUUCUCAUUUGGCCAAGACAUAAUUCCAAGGUUUUAUCAUUUUUUAUCCGACUGAUGCAUCACAGGCAAAUUUUGUUCCUAUAUACGUUUAUUAUUCCACAUGCAGUCAGUUAUAAUAUCAAAUGUACCCGACAAUAUCUGUCUCUUCUGGACGUGACAAUGAAGUUUGAUUUAAAAUUUAAAUCAAUUAUCUGGAAAAGUAGCAAGAUAUAAGUAAGAUUAUGCUGUAAUCGUCAAGUGCCGUCAUACAUAAUUAGACAAUGCAUGCAGUUAAGCAUUAAGGUUUGCUUAUAUUGAGUGUGAUCAACCAUUCAUUCAUAUGAGCGCAGAAUCCCUGACAAACUCUUAUUCAGAAAGGUUAACUCAAAUGACAAAUCGCUGAAGUAAGCGAAACUAUAAAAACCAUUUACAAUAAAAAAAUAAUAUUUAUGGGUUCAACUGUUGAUAGCGAAUUUUCGUUUCAAAUGAUUUAAAAUAUUUCAAACGAAUUGUUUAUUCUACAAAAGUUAGUAUCGUUAAUAAAUUCAAAUUUCUUAUAAUUUUCUGACUGCAUUCUAAUUUUAAACUAAUUUUAGUAAGUUGUGACACUUGAUUCUUUAGUUGACGUAUCUGUUCACUGUAGAUUGAGCAUCUUCAUAGUUAUGGCCGCGACAUUCUUAAUUAAGGAAUUCAGUUGUGCUCGAAUACAUUCUUGGCCGUGAAUGGUAGCUUUUGAUCAUAAAUUUUCAAUAAUCCCUAAAGCGAGGAUACUUGGUGUGUGCAUGUGGCUCGCAAAACCAUCAAAAGGUGACUGUUCCCGCCUUCCAGUCGACUUCAUAAAGUGAUAUUCAUAUGUUAAUAAAUAAAUAACAUAAAAAUAUUGCUGUGGGCUUGCACCAAAGUCAACUAGGCCCAAGCAUCAGCGCGAUCGUAUACUUGUCAUGGCCUGUGGUCGCCUUUCGAACCCAUUCGUAUCUUUUUUUUUCCGUAGAGGAAGUUAAAGUGCACUGUAGUUGAACAUUCACUGUUCCAAGCUCCAAGCUUCACGGAUCAAGACACGAAGUUCUAGUUCAAGUUCCGAAUUCUGAGUUCUGUAAUUUCCUCCGUCAAGACAUGUUCCUCCAUCUAUCAUGCGGUCUCAUGAAUGCAGUAAAUUAGUGGCCAGUUACAUUUUAGCAAAGCUAUCGCCAAAUAGUGGCCAAAUAUCUGUCAAACAAAUGUAGUGAGUGAGGGGGGGGGCAGUCAAAUUUUAGA